UGUAGCAUGCGUGUGUGUGAAGGAGGGGGAAGGAGCCAUCUCAAAACAGCCUGAUGUGAUUUGUAGAGAGGUGAGCUGGGAGGUGUGUCCUCCUCUGCCCCACCUCCCAGCCAGGCAGUAAGACUCUGGACACACUGUAACAUGUUCACAGAGCUAGAUGGUGCUCUGUGUGACCUAUCCAGCCCUGUGUCAGUCUGUCUUUCCAGGUCCCUUUGGUCUGAUGCACCCUGCCAGUGGGAUUCAAGAGUAGAUAAGGUGGAUGCUUAUCGCAGAAUCAUAGAUCUUAGAAACUGAAAAGUAUUAGGAGCUCAGGACUUACACGUUCCCCUGUGGCCGUGCAGGGUCACUCCACCUGAGAGAUAAGCACCCAGGCAGCUAGUUCCAAAUAAGACACACCUGUGGGUUGGGCUAUUUUGAAGAUUAAAUUACUGCUUAGUGUCAUUUUAUUCUGCUGCUUGUCAAGCCUCAGGAUGACCUUCUAGCCAGUUUUGCUUUUUACCUGGUUGCUUGGGAAAUUGAUGCAACUGGGGACAAGCCUCUGUGAGUAAGAGCCUUGGAGAAGAGUGCUAAUCCCUGUGGAGAAACAGGAGGCUUCUGAGUGAGACUUCCCAAAUCCUGGUGGUUGGUGUUGCUGGUUUGUGUUGGGGCUUUGAAGGUUGCCCCAACUGAAGGAGAAAAGAAGAGCACAAGAAAUGGGGGUGCCUCUGUUUGGGGACAGCAAGCUCUUCAACCAGAUCUGGAAUGGACUGUGUCCCAGAAUACAGGGCAAGAAGUCCUGGGACUGGUGCCUUGAGGAAAUUCACCUGCUGCAGCAGAAAAGAAUAUGGGAAUCACCACUUCUCCAGGCUGCCAAAGAGAAUGAUCUCCGGGCUAUCAAGAAGCUGCUUGCUGAUGGCUCUUGUGAUGUCUACCAGAGAGUGGGGGAAACAGCCCUCCAUGUGGCUGCCUUAUAUGAUAACGUGGAGGUUGCUCAAGCUCUGCUGGAAGCCGCUCCAGACCUCAUCAAUGAGAGGAUGACAUCAGAGCUCUAUGACGGCCAGACAGCUCUCCAUAUCGCCGCCGUGAAUCAGAACAUAAACUUGGUGAAGAUUUUGCUCAAAAAGGGAGCCAAUGCCUCUGCACCACGAGCUACUGGACUUUUUUUCAGAUGCAGCAGUCAUAAUCUUAUCUACUUUGGGGAGCACGUUUUAUCUUUUGCUGCCUGUGUGGGAAGCGAGGAGAUUGUGCGCCUACUCAUUGAACAUGGAGCCAACAUCCGGGCACAAGACUCUCUGGGAAACACCAUCCUCCACAUCCUGGUUCUCCAACCCAAUAAGACCUUUGCCUGCCAGAUGUACAACCUGAUCCUCUCCUAUGACAAGCCAGAAGAAGGUCUAGGGUCCCUGGAAUCUAUUCCAAACAAUGAAGGCCUCACUCCAUUUAAACUGGCCGGAGUUGAGGGCAACACUGUGAUGUUUCAGCACCUGAUGCAGAAGCGAAAGCACACUCUGUGGUCCUUUGGCCCCAUAACCUCUGUUCUCUAUGACCUCACAGAGAUUGACUCUUGCGGAGAAGAUCAGUCCUUCCUCGAGCUCAUUGUCUCUACCAAGAAGAGAGAGGCCCGGCAGAUCUUAGACCUGACGCCUGUGAAGGAGCUUGUGAACCUGAAGUGGAAUUUGUACGGGCGGCCCUAUUUUUGUUUCCUGGCCUUUCUCUAUGUGCUUUACAUUAUUUGCUUCACCAUGUGCUGUGUCUACCGGCCACUGAAAGCUCGGACCAGCAACAGAACCAGCGACAGGGACAACACGAUCUAUGUCCAGAAAAUGCUGCAGGAAUCUUAUGUGACAUAUGAGGAUCAGCUGAGGCUGGUAGGGGAGCUGGUCACUGUGAUCGGAGCUGUAGUGAUACUGAUCCUGGAGAUUCCAGAUAUCCUCAGAGUUGGAGCCACCAAGUAUUUUGGGCAAACCAUCCUGGGAGGUCCUUUCCAUGUUAUCAUAAUCACCUACGCCUGUAUGAUCCUGAUGACCAUGGUGAUGCGUCUCACCAGCACUGAUGGAGAGGUGGUCCCCAUGUCCUUCGCCCUUGUGCUGGGCUGGUGCAAUGUCAUGUACUUUGCACGGGGCUUUCAGAUGCUGGGUCCCUUCACCAUCAUGAUCCAGAAGAUGAUAUUUGGAGAUCUCAUGCGCUUCUGUUGGCUCAUGGCCGUGGUGAUACUUGGCUUUGCAUCAGCCUUUUACGUCAUCUUCCAGACUGAGGACCCGGACCGCCUGGGUCAGUUCUAUAACUAUGCCAUGUCCCUGUUCACCACUUUUGAGCUGUUCCUCACUAUCAUCGAUGGGCCUGCCAACUACGAUGUAGAUCUGCCCUUCAUGUACAGCGUGGUAUACUUUGCCUUUGCCAUCAUCGCCACCCUCCUCAUGCUCAACCUGUUCAUUGCUAUGAUGGGUGACACCCACUGGCGUGUGGCUAACGAGCGAGAUGAGCUUUGGAGGGCACAGAUUGUUGCCACAACAGUCAUGCUGGAAAGGAAACUCCCGCGGUGCCUCUGGCCUCGUUCUGGAAUCUGUGGUCGGGAGUUUGGGCUGAGUGACUGCUGGUACCUGAGGGUAGAAGACCGGGUUGACCCCAACAAGCACAAGAUGUUCCGCUAUGCAGAUGCAUUUAAGAGCCAGGAAAAGGAAGAGUGUGACAAGUACUCUGAGAAGCUGGAGCUGGAUGAAGAGUUCCCCUGCAAGAGGAACCUCACACCAUCUGCUUCAUCGGUAUCCCGAAGCACAACCGGGAGCAGUUCCCACCGUGGCUGGCAGAUCUUGAGGCGCAGCACCUUCAGCCAGUUCCGUGGGGAAAUUAAUCCCAGCAUGGAAGAGGAGGUUUACCAUGUCUGAGGCAUGUCUUUUGCCCACGUGACAAGAAUGACUGCUGAUACAUGCUGGCACCCCUGCCUAUCAGUGGACACUUUCACAUGCACACCAUGAUGAGCUCUCUCAGUUCAUUGUGCACAGUCCACACUCCGGCAAAGAGCUAAUACCAUCAGCUCAGUCUUCUCUCCCCCUACCCUUCAGAUAUUUUGAGUACCGCACUGAUGCACAGCACCAGUUUGGUCAGCCUGCUGAGCUGAGGUGUGGGGGAUCCUUAUCCAGUUCUAUAACUCUAGAGUAAUAAAGGAAAACUGGGUCAGCGCUGAAGUUGUAUUCACUUCCAAGAAAUUGUUACUGCAGUGAGAUGAAGAGCUGGUCAACAACUUUCUUGCCCUCCCUUGCCCAGUCCAGCAAAGACCUCAGUGCCUUCUGAACUGAAGAGAACUGACAAGUUGUUUUUUCAUUUGAUGCAGAACUAAAAGCAUUAUUUAAACUCAGGAAAGAAUAGCUGCUGACAUUAAAGUGAUUAAAGGGACUGUCACUAGUCAACUGGCAUUCAAGAGGUUGCCAGAUGUUCCUCCCACAAGAAAGACAAACCCUAUUAGCUGCAUUUUCCACACUGCUACACUGGGAGGUACCGGAUGGUUUGAUUUAUCUGCCACAUUAAUGCAGUUUGAUGCUGUAUCACCUACAGAAAUGUGAUUGUUAGUUAGAUAUUCUCUACGGGUAUCUUGAGGCACCAAUUCUGGGAACUUUUCCCUGUUUCAAGGGUGUAUGGGAACUGAUUGGGUGACAUCCUGUGGUGCAUGUCCUGUGGAGAUCCCAGGUAAACUGAAUGUGGGCCAGGUAUAGUAUAGAAAAGCAGAUGUGUGAACAAUUACCCAAUGGCCCAGGGUCUAAUGUCUGCUUGCCAUCUGCUACCUUUGCUAUGUCAAUAUUGUAACAUGCUUGGUCCUUCUCUUUCUGAAGACUGUGUACUUAUGGACAUGCAGUAGUGAGGGAUAUCCAUUUCCACUUCACCCCUUCCUAAGUCACAAGGUUGUAGCCCAGUUGUAGUGAAAUGAAAUGAGGACCCAAUGCUGCACACAGCACAGUGGAAGGGAUUGCAUAAGCCACAAGAAAACAAGCCACAUGUCUUCUAACAAUAGCUUGCCAUGGAUGCCUGGUCUAAUAGGUUCAGUUCUGUUUCACCUCCUGCUUCAGUCCUUUGUCAAGGCUUUCUUUAAAGGAAAAAUAACUAGAUGAUGUGGACCACUCUUCUAGAGGCUCUCAGUCCCUCAGCAUUUCACAGACUUAACAACUCAUGACCUUACAGUGCCUCUCUACUAGGACCAGUAAGAGAGGUCUGUAGAAGACCCAGAAGCUUACAUCUAUAGGUAUAUCAGGACCUUCUAAUACUUCCUGACAUUCAGAAACCAGCAGGGAAGGAUGCGAAAUAAGUGAGUUUCCUGUUAUUGGUGUCAUUUCCUCCCUCCUUUAAAAUAUCCCAUGCAUGGGACUGGGGGAGACUUAGGUGCCACAACCAACUCCAUGGGGUUGUGCAUUUCAUUAAAUAUACCUUUUUCUUACUUGAAUGUGUGUUCAGUCCCAAGGAUGGCAGCACCUCCCUUGGAUUCCGCUGAAUAUUACAAUGUGAUUCACUUUGGUGAACUGGCAUUGUGUUGGUUGGUCUCCUUUACAUUUCUGUAUUCUCAGACCCUCCUUUCUAACCUCAGGGGUUUGUGCUAAAUGUCGGUGGAAAUGGGAAAUAUGUGAUUUUGCACAUUUGCCAAAACUGUGAAUUGCUACUGUAAUUGUAGUUUAAUUUUCUUUCUUAAUGAAAUGGGAGAUGGCAGGAAAGGAGGAGUUUGUGGGAUUUUUUCCAAAUCCAGCUGGGCUUUUUAACCGGUUAGAAAAGUGCCUGAAACACAAUUACCAUGUGGUCAUUUUUACAAACAGGCUCAUCAGUGUGAUUGGCUCUAUUUGUACAUGAAGAAAAAAGAGAAAAAAAAAAAAAGAUUGUUCCAAGUUUCAGCAAUUCAGACUUAGGCUCUGAACAUCCAGCUCUACUCUUUUUGUCUCUGACAUCACUAGGAAUGAUGAUUCUGGCCUGAGAUUGCAUCCUGCAAUUUGCCAGAGUGAGGUGGAAUAGAAUCCGGCCUACAUCCCUAUAUGUUUUGCAGGUUUCUGAAUCUGCUACAGAUACAAAAGCACCUAGCAAGAAGAUGCUCUAAAUGAGAAGGUGCCUUCUUUUCAGAGUUACUCUUUUAACCAUAAGCAUAAUGUAUAGUUUUAGUGAAAGAUUAUCAUCCAAGUUCAACACAGAGAGAGAAGGAAUUCAGUGUUUUUACUACUGUAAACACAUUUCAUACAUUUUACCUUGAACUGUCCUCUGGGUAACAUUGGCCAACUGCCUCCUGUAGUUGGACAUUAUCAUCAUGGGAUUAUCAUCCCAGGACAGUUUCAGUAAAGUUGUUGGAUAUUGCAUAGGUGCAAAUGACAGUAGAUAUCAACUAGUCAUGUGUACUCAUACAGUCUCAAUAGCAAAAACACAUUACUAAAUUUGUUGUCGCUGAGGACAAGUAAAAUGUCUGUGGGUUUCCCCCAUGUCUUUUAAACUUUGCCUAUAAAAUAAGGUUGCAACAUGGAGCAAUAUGAUUGGCUUUGAGGCCUUUCAUGCUGAUAUUAUCUAGAACUACUUCACCUCAUCAUGUCAUCAUCUCCUUCUUCCUUUCUUGUAUUAAAAACUCUCAGGGCAGGACAGUGGCAAAGGGAGCUGGGUGAUAAGGUAUUAUAGUGGUCUGGAAAGCAUUGGUGAAAUAUGUAAGGAACACUUUAAAUGGGAAACAUUUUUAAUGACCUGAUUUAUGUCAUUAAAAAUUAUUUAUGUAAUUGAAAACCUGUAUAACUGCAGUUCCUUGGUUUUAAGAACUCACCGUUCUCACUCUUUAUAUGGACCUUAUUUUGCAGCUUGCAUAGGUUAAACAGGAAAGCCAGACCCAUCAGUUAUAUUCUGUCUCUGGCACUAGUUCCCUGCUAGUGGUUUUGGACUUCCAAUACAGGUUUCCCUCACUUAAUGCGGUACAUGCAUUCCCAGAAAACUGUGCAUGAAUUGAAUUUGCAUAAAGGGAACCCAGUUUAUAAAGUAACAAAUAGGGAUAUGUUCCUGCGGCAGUGAGGGAGGGAGGGAGAAAGGCUGGGAGUAGGGAAGGGGCGGGGGAAGGGGUGCGGAGCAGCCCAUUGGCCGCUCCCAGGACAAGAACAAGCUGCUGCUGCAGGCUGAGGCUGGUGGUGGCACCAGGUUCUUCCUGGUACUUGGGGCGUGACCAAGUUCCCCUUGGAAGAUGCUUUCAGCAACUUUUCAUUUCAGUAAACAGUGGAGGGAAUGUCAGGACUUCACAGAAAUCAGGCUAUAUUUCUUGCAAGGCCAUUAAGUCACUGUCCAGGUCCAGAAUCUUGCUUAAUAGGCCUUCCUUUCUCCCUUCGUCUUCCAACAAUUGACCUCAGACUACCUUCAAAAGCCACCGAAGCAAUUUCAAGGUUUUAAGAUUCUUUGUUAUGCUUGGAAAAUUAGUAGUUGGGAAAAUAGCUCUGAGUUGAAAUGGAUGAGCUAUUUUUGAUGUGUCAUUGCUCAGAAUGAAAACAGAAGGAUUUUGUUGAAAAUAAAAACUUG